CCACCUCCCAUCACCCUCAACCGCCGCUGACGUCAUCGCGCCUCUUCCGGCCCUGUUUCCAUGGGGACGGCCCACAGUGAGGCCUCGACGGUGAACCUGGAUCCUCGGGGUUGACUUGCCGAGAGUGCCCGGAGGCGGGAGGUUGGAUGAGAAUGUCGCUGGCGCAGCGGGUGCUGCUAACCUGGCUUUUUAGUCUGCUCUUCCUGAUCAUACUGGUGCUGAAGAUGGAGGAGACGCUGGGGUGGAGCUGGUUCCUGGUCUUCGUGCCGCUCUGGCUGUUCGACGCGGCGUUGCUGGUGCUGCUACUGGUCAGGCUGGCGGGGCAGUGCCGGGAGGCUCAAGAGCACGGUAGCGCAGCGGCAGCGAGUAGACUCAAGCGCCAGGCUUGGGGCCUGUUGGCCCUACUGCUGAAGUUAGCCUUCCUGCUGGCGCUAGCCGCUCGACUGCAGCGCCUGGCUGAGCUGUCUCUCUGUUGGGUGCUGGUCCCGCUCUGGUUACUGCUCCUCGGGGCUAUUGGCGACAUGGCGCACCACACCUUCACCUCCAGAUCCGAGUGAGAGGGAGAGAGAGAGAGCGAACGCACACACCGGGGUAGAAGGCAACCCAGGGACGCAUUUUCGCAUCUCCAGAGCACGGCUUCAGGGCGGUGUUAUUCCAUCACUUGGCUGGAUUCAAUGACUCAGAAAAUGGUCUGGACACUGGCUCGGGACUGUUUCGUUAACCUUGGGUUCAUUAGUUCGGGACAGGCCUCCUUACUCCGGAUUCCCUGGCUCGGAAUUGACUCUGGCUUCUGUACUGAGUGGCUCUUAACAGUUUUCUAGACCUUUGAUUUCCUGCCUCAGACUAGGACUGGAUUGACCAGUCUGGGACUUUGAGAUGAGCUUGCCAACCCUUUACUCACUGGCUUGGGGGCAAGCCUCGCAACCCUGAAUUCACGGGUUCUGAACAGAUUCCUGGCGAUUUAUUAGAUUAUUGCAGCAAAUGACAAUUUCUUUCAUAUAAUGUAUUUAUAGUUCAGAAAUAAAAUCGAGGUGAAAAAUGCAGCUUGUGUCAA